GUAGAAGGGUCUUAGAAGCUGUUGCACAUGGCACUGAGAAAAGGAGUCCACCAGAAGAAAAGAUUGUAUUAGAAAGGGCUCGGCUGCAGAUUUCAUAAAUGCCUCAUAUAUGGAGGUCUCAGAGACUACACCUGGAGAACAGCAGGAGGACCUUAAGACCACGUGGACUCUGGUAGACACCAUGAACUAUGUGGGGAAGCUGGCGGGCCAGGUACUGGUGACUGUGAAGGAGCUGUAUAAAGGAAUCAAUCAGGCCACCCUGUCGGGCUGCAUCGACGUGAUUGUGGUCCGUCAGCCUGACGGGACAUUCCAGUGCUCUCCUUUUCAUGUCCGCUUCGGGAAACUUGGUGUUCUGCGCUCCAGGGAGAAAGUGAUUGACAUCCAGAUCAACGGAGAACCUGUGGAGCUGCACAUGAAGCUUGGAGACAAUGGAGAGGCCUUUUUUGUGCAAGAAUCAGAGCAGAACAGUGAAAUCAUUCCCGCCCACUUGGUGACAUCACCCAUUCCCACGGAAGAGGUUCUGAUCAGGAACAGAGAAGCCAGAUGUGCAGCAUCAGCAGAGACCUGUCAGCCCCUUGUCCUAGAGCCGGACUCAACAAACCAUCAACUUUGCUCAAGCUCAUCUGGAAGGAAGAAGAGGCGUCGACGAAGGAGGCACAAAACUGAGCCACGCAAGGAGGAGCAGACAUGUGCAGGAGCAGAGCAGGAGGUGUGUGAGUGCAGUUCAGAUGAGGAGCAGCAUGCAAACAGCGGAAGAGCAUCAUCCCUGUCGGGGAUGAAGGAUAACAUGGAGCAGAGGCAGCACUCUCCUCUCACCGCCUUGGAAUGGGACAGCUACCCUUUUUCUGAUGGAGACUGGUCUCCCUGCCCCUUUAAUUUGUGUGAGCCAGCGUCGCCCAAAAGUGACUCUGAGUUGAUGGUGAAGCCGACAGAGAGCAUGUUCAGGUCUGAGUCCCACAUGCAGUGGAGCUGGGGGGAGCUUCCUGAAUCAACAAGGGUCAACAAAAAGCCUGAGACAAAAACGCUGUGCAUCACCCCAUCAGAGAGCACACAUUUCAGGGUCAUUCUGAGCUCUGAGGACUUGGAAGAAGAGCCAAUCAUAAAGCAGAGCUCACCAGAGCCUGCUUGUAAUAUUGUGAAGCCAGAACCUCGGAUGGUUAAACCUCAUCAGUGCAGCUGCAGCCCUCAGCCUCCUGAAUCAAACAGUGCAAACACCACUGGACCAAAGCACGACUUUUCAGUUUUGAAGUCGAGUAGCUUUUCCUCUGACACAACUCCAACAAUUUCAGACUCAAGCUCAAAAAAUGAGCGAAAGCCAAAGUGGACAUCUUCACCUCCAAAUCGCAGGAACAGCAUUUCUGCUCCUGGUACAAGAAGCAAAGAAGCUGGAGAUCUUUUGACUGGUGGUCCUGAUACUAAAGCCUCAUCUAAGACCACAGACUCACCUGUGAAAAGAAAAGUUGUGAGGAAGAGGAGCCAACACCAAGGGCCUGAAGAUAUAUACCUAGAAGACCUGAGCGCUCUUGAGCCUGAUGUUGCUGCUCGGUACUUCCCAAAAAGUGAGUGUGAGCAAGUAUCAAAGAACUGGGUGGAGACGGGACGGAGCUCUGGAUCCCAGUCGCCCCAGUCAGUGGGGAGUGCAGCAGCAGACAGUGGCACAGAGUGUCUGUCCGACUCUCCAAGUGACCUGCCUGAUGUGACGCUAUCGCUGUGUGGAGGCGUGGGCGAGAACUCAGAGAUCCCAAAAGAAAAAUUCAUGGAGCACAUGAUCACCUACAAUGACUUUGCAGAGAAUCCAGCAAUUAUCGACAAUCCAAACUUGGUGGUUAGAAUUGGAAACAGAUAUUACAACUGGACUCUAGUGGCACCUUUGAUUCUCAGCAUGCAAGCUUUCCAGAAAAACCUGCCGAAGAAUACAGAAGAGGCCUGGGUGAAGGAGAAAAUGCCCAAGAAGUCUGGACGCUGGUGGUUCUGGAGGAAGAGCAGCACAAAGCAGUUAUCAACUGAGAGCAAAUUGGAGAGACAGGAGUCAGUGAGCAGAGAGAGUCCUGCACUCCGGGCCCCAGAAACACAGCAGAAGGCUCCAGAGUGGUCCAGUGAUGAGGAGACCAAAGAGCUGAAUGGUGCAGAGCCAGGUCUUAAACCUACUGAACGCCUGCGAGCAGAAGGCACGGCUCCAUGUCACUCCUACAGGAAAUCCCUCCGCCUGUCGUCUGAUCAGAUCGCUAGCCUGAAGCUGAGAGAUGGACCAAAUGACGUCACAUUCAGCAUAACCACUCAGUAUCAGGGAACGUGUCGCUGCGAGGGCACCAUCUACCUGUGGAACUGGGAUGACAAGGUCAUCAUCUCUGACAUAGAUGGCACCAUCACCAAAUCUGAUGUUUUUGGUCAGAUUCUCCCCCAACUUGGCAAAGACUGGACUCAUCGUGGAAUCGCCAAACUUUAUAAUUCAGUGCAUGAGAACGGCUACAAGUUCCUGUACUGCUCGGCGCGAGCCAUCGGCAUGGCCGACAUGACCCGGGGGUACUUGCACUGGGUGAACGACAGCGGCACUCUCCUUCCUCAGGGACCUCUCAUGCUCUCACCCAGCAGCCUGUUCUCUGCCUUCCACAGAGAGGUAAUUGAGAAAAAACCUGAGAAGUUCAAGAUCGAAUGCCUAACAGACAUCAAGAACCUCUUCCACCUUAACAGUCAACCUUUCUAUGCUGCCUUUGGAAACAGGGAAAAUGACGUGUUUGCCUACAAACAAGUGGGUGUGCCUGCAUGUCGGAUAUUCACAGUGAAUCCUAAGGGGGAGUUGAUUCUUGAGCAAUCCAAAGGCAAUAAAACCUCUUACAGCAGGCUGAGUGAGCUGGUGGAGCAUGUUUUCCCAUUGCGAAGCACUCAGCACUGCGCCACCUUCAGCUGUCCGGACUUCAGCUCCUUCUGUUACUGGAGGCAGCCGAUCGCAGAGGUGUGCUUCGAGGAGCUGCUGUAAAUUCAAGAAUGCACUGAUUUAAUUCCUUAACUUACAGGCUGCUAACAUAGCAUCUUGAACUUUUUUUCUGAUGUAGCUGAUAUAUCAGGGAUAUAUUUUUAUAUUCCUAAAUCUCGAAUUAUGCAGUAGGGUCAGUAGUUUGCAGUAUUUAAUGCUUAAACCACACAUAAUAUGUUUGCACACAGAUUGCACAGAAAUAACUUUAAAUUAAACAUUCUUUAGGAGAAAACCAUGGAGUUAGAUGCCACAUAGAUGGAGGUUCAUGCAACACCGGUGAAUAUUUAUUCUUUGACAUUUGAACAUAGGUAGAAAUCAGAAAUCUCUAUGUAAAACUCAAUUUUACAUAUUCUUCAGCUGAUUGAGUCCAACUAAACCAACCAAUCAGAAUGAAGCAUGUUAUGUUACAUUUAGAGUCUUCAGGAAAUUACAGCUUUUCUGUGUCAUACACCUAGAGAGGAAUUUCUAAAUAUAGAUCAAAUAUGAAGCAAUAGAAGUUGGCUUUACUUUAAAAAAAAACCACUAUAUGCAAAUUUUUUGUCAAAACUGCAUACUGUACAUUUAAAGCCUAAUUUUCUCGGGCUACCGAUUCAUUUUAGCCAAAUUUUGAGUAUAAAUUCAAAGUCUAAAGCUAAUUCAUUCAAGAUGUUUCUACUUUGGACAGAUGGACGGUUGGAGUUUUUACAGCAAUCAGUAUUUAACACGUUAAAAUGAGCUGAUUUUCCUUAGAAUCAUAUUGUUUCUCUGCACCUUGCUUGCUGCACUGAAAUAUUCAGACUAACAAACUUUUUGAGAAGAAUAUGUUCCACUUAAUUUUUUUUCCUGCACUGUUUCUUUAUGCAAAUAAUAAUAACAAAGCAACAUAUGACAGUUAGCCUGACAGUUAAACCCAUAAUCAGGAAUGUCAUACUGUUGUACUUCUAAUUGCACCCCAACAUCUGAUUCAUGAGCUCGAUUAGAGAUCAUUUUGGUGUAAAGACUGUGCUUUGGUCUUGUAAAUUAAAAAUGCUUAUGAGCUUUUCACACAGAUUUCUAUUAUUAAUCUGUGAUCAGAUGUUUACAAAGUUAAAAAAAAAGGUAAUACUUUUCUGUUGUUGCACUUUUCUGUUUCCAAGAAAAAAUAUUUGGUGCCAAAUUGUGCACAUAAACAUUUACUAAAAUGACUUUAUGAUACAGCUAAGCUAUCUAAGUGCGACGGAGUAUUAGGGGGUGGCUAGAGAUUUUUAUUUUCUUUUUAUUUCGAGAAUAAAUUUGUAAUAUUACGAGAAUGAACUCAUCAUACCACAACCCGUUUCAGUAAAAAAGGUUCAAGCUCCGACCAGUAUAUGACGGCCGACCAGAUCCACCAAACAACAACCUCAGUUCACUUUGACAUACUGCCCAAUAUGAUUUAUUCUCAUAAUAGUUGGACUUUAUUCUCAUAAUAUUAUGAUUUUAUUCACGUUAUUUUGCGACUUUAUUCUUGUUAUUUUACAACUUUAUUGUUGAAAUGUUACGACUUUAUUCUCAUA